UGAGACGGCCUUGUGUGACUUCAAGCUGUUCAUUCUCUCUCUCCACCAGAGCACAUGUUCAAUGAAAGUGUGUGUGUGCAUGUGUGAGACCGCUGACAGCCGUCCAAGUUAGCCCACGAAUAAUUGAGCAGCUACAGCAGCGUACACACAAAAAAAGAUUCCAUAUAAUUCAUACCUUUGCUGGCUGGGAUUUCUGCUUUCAUUUUCUUCACGGCCAUGAGUAUGUUAAGACUCUGGAGAGUUGGAUUUCUCCACAUUCUGCUUUGGUUCCUACUGAGCUUCCUGCAUGCAGAUGCCCACCCGCAGUGUCUGGACUACAAGCCUCCUUUCCAACCUCAGGAGCCGCUGCUCUUCUGCAAGGAGUAUGCCAAAUUUGGCUGCUGCGAUUUGGAGCAAGACAAACAGAUUUCAUACAGAUUUGAUCAAAUUAUGGAUUACUUUGAUCACUCUGGGUUCAUGGUCUGUGGGAAGUACAUCCGCAACAUCCUCUGCCAGGAAUGUUCUCCUUAUGCAGCACAUCUGUACGAUGCUGAGGAUGCGAAUACUCCCAUGCGUGAACUCCCUGGCCUUUGCCGUGACUACUCUUCUGAUUUCUGGCAGCACUGCCGUUACACACUUAGUCUGCUGACAGACAACAACAUCACUACAAUCAUUGAGGAGGAUCGUGAUAAAUUCUGUGACUUUUUGGAGCUGAAGGAUCCAGAGUAUUGCUAUCCCAACGUUCUCGCCAGCGACGAGUUAAACGCUAACCUGGGAAGCGUUCAAUCCGAUCCCAAGGGCUGCAUUCAGCUGUGCCUACAGGAGGUAGUAAAUGGCCUGCGUAAUCCAGUGGCAAUGGUGCAUGCAAAUGAUGGCACACAUCGCUUCUUCAUAGCUGAGCAGCUGGGCUACGUAUGGACUUACCUACCAAAUGGCUCAAGGAUUGACAGGCCCUUCUUAAACCUCACCAAGGCUGUGUUGACCUCACCGUGGGCGGGGGAUGAACGUGGAUUUCUCUGUAUCGCCCUGCACCCCAGGUUCAGCGUGGUUAAGAAGGCAUAUGUCUAUUAUUCUGUGUCUGUGAACAAGCAGGAGAGGAUAAGGAUCAGCGAGUUCCUUCUGUCAAACACGGAUAUGAACAUGCUGGAUCACUCCUCUGAGAGGACCCUUUUGGAAGUUGUUGAACCGGCAUCAAACCACAAUGGAGGCCAGCUUCUGUUUGGUUUGGAUGGCUUUCUUUAUAUCUUCAUAGGAGAUGGAGGCAAAGCAGGAGACCCCUUUGGCAAAUUUGGGAAUUCCCAAAACAAAUCCACACUACUAGGCAAAGCUCUACGAAUUGAUGUGGACAAUAAUGAUGAUGGUGCACCAUACAGCAUCCCCUCUGAUAACCCUUUCAUUGGGGAGAAAGACACAAAGCCAGAGAUCUAUGCCUUUGGAGUAAGGAACAUGUGGCGCUGCUCCAUUGACAGAGGAGACCCGAUCACGGGCCAGGGACAGGGUCGCAUGUUCUGUGGAGAUGUUGGCCAGAACAAGUAUGAGGAAGUGGAUAUGAUUGAAAAAGGGGGCAACUACGGAUGGAGGGCAAAGGAAGGGUUCUCCUGUUAUGACAAGAAACUCUGUUUGAACUCCUCUUUGGAUGACAUCCUGCCAAUUUUUGCUUAUCCACAUAAACUUGGGAAGUCAGUGACUGGUGGCUACAUCUACAGGGGCUGUGAGAUGCCAAAUCUUAAUGGUCUUUACAUCUUUGGGGAUUUCAUGAGCGGACGACUCAUGUCUCUUAAGGAGAACACAAAUACUGGCACAUGGGAAUACACAGAAAUAUGCAUGGGCAGGGACAAGACAUGCCGCUUUCCAAAACUCAUCAACAGCUACUACAAGUACAUCAUUUCCUUUGGUGAAGAUGAGGCAGGUGAGCUGUACUUCCUAGCCACAGGAACACCGAGUGCAGCUUCCAGAGGGGGAGUUGUGUACAAGAUAGUGGAUCCAUCCAGGAGAGCACCUCCAGGAAAGUGCAGCAUCAAACCCGGUCCUGUUCAGAUAAAGGGAAAACUGAUUCACUUUCAUCCUAAAGAGGAGUUUGUGAUCAACAAAAAACCUACAACCACUGCUUCCCCUAAGACAAAAGCAACUGCUAUACCUAGCACAACUAUGGCUCAGGCCACAACAAGAAAACCUACCACUGCAUCUCCAAGGAUCUUUACCCAAAAGCCAAAAGUCAGUACACCAACUCUGAAACCAAGACCACCUACUAAAAAAACACAAACUCCUGCUCCAAAGCCAACUUUCACACCAGUAAGGACAAAUCCUACUGUUUUCAGGAGAAAUCAGUCACCAACAGUGACUGUGCAGCCACUCCAUAGCCAGAGCAUGACAAUAAGACCACAGUACAUCACCACUUUGAAAGUGAGAUCAGAAACCACACCUCGAAGGACUCCUCCACCAACCACAUUACGUCCAUACACCAAGCAACCACACACUUCCAGCAACGCUCAUUCAUACUGGACUGCCUCUAUAACCACCACCAACACUAGGCCUGCUCCUUCAGACUCCAUGAAGACAUCCCAACCUACAGACAGGCCUCACAAAAGUGGCAGAGGGAAAAGUCGAAAACACGGGCAGAGAAGAGGUAAAGGGGGUCGCAGAAGGCAUCGCAGAGAGCUAGUGAGGCUUGUUGGUCCUGAUCCGAACCUGUCAGAUCGUGGACGAGUGGAGAUCUUUGUGAGGGGUGAGUGGGGUACAGUAUGUGAUGACCUGUUUGACAAAAAGGCAGCAACAGUGGUGUGCAAGCAGCUGGGCUUUGCUAGAGCACUGAGGGUGGCGAAACCUGGCGAAAUGGGACGUAUUGCCACUAACCUCCGAAUCCUGCUGGAUGAUGUGGAGUGCGAGGGAACAGAGAGGACACUGCUGCAAUGCAAACACGCUUUGGUCGGCCAACACAACUGCUCACAUGCUGAGGAUGUAGGGGUGGUGUGUAGCUCAGAAGGGGAGCAUGCUGUCAAGUGAUGACCAUUUCCGAGUCUACUCUUAAAUGACUGAAAACAUUGGUCUUGCUCUUGAUUUGCUUGUUUGUAAAAUGGUGAU